CCAAGCUAAAACACCAAACCAUUCAUACAUAUCUUACGCUAAUGAACAGGUUCUUCUCUCAUUUUUCUGACUCCGUCGACCAGCCCGAGUCAAGUUCGUUGUCCGACAACACAGUCACGACUCUAAGGGCUUCUUGGUCCGACGAGGACGUCAUUUUGGCGUCGAGCCGACCAAAGAAGCGAGCUGGGAGGAGGGUUUUCAAGGAGACCAGGCACCCUGUUUAUAGGGGCGUGAGGAGGAGGAACAAUGACAAGUGGGUGUGUGAAAUGAGAGAGCCCAAGAAGACGAAGUCCAGGAUAUGGCUCGGGACUUAUCCGACGGCGGAGAUGGCUGCUCGUGCCCAUGACGUGGCGGCAUUGGCGUUUAGAGGGAAGCUUGCCUGCCUCAACUUCCCUGACUCCGCUUGGAGGCUGCCCUUGCCGGCUUCCAUGGAUGCAAUGGAUAUUCGGAGAGCGGCCGCCGAGGCAGCUGAGGGGUUUAGGCCGGUGGAGUUUGGUGGAGUGUCCAGCAGCAGCAGUGAUGAGAAGGAGAGAAUGGUGGUGCAGGUGGAAGAGAAGAAGAAGAAGAAGAAGAAGGAUAGUGUGAAUAUGGAAAAAAGUACAAGCUUGAGCUUGUCCUAUUGGGAUGAGGAAGAAGUGUUUGACAUGCCAAGGUUGCUUGAUGACAUGGCUCAAGGCCUUCUUCUUUCUCCACCUCAAUGCUUAGGUGGCGACAUUUGGGAUGACAUGGGAACCGAUGCUGAUGUCAAAUUGUGGAGUUUCUCCAAUUAAUAAUCAACGUUUAUUUGGAAAUAUUGAAUAUAAAAGGUAUAUAUGAGAAAGAUAUUUUUAGUGGAGAUAGAUAUUUAGGAUUGUGUACAGUAGAAAAGUUUACUAACUGUGGAUUCAUUGAAUUGCUUUCUCUUUACUGGGUUCCUUGGCUGUUCACUUUGUUUUGUUGGC